AACAGCUGUCAGGUAGUGCGCAACAAGAUCAACCGCUUGAUCGAGUCUGGCGAAAUGAAAGUUGGAGACUUUUGUAACGCAAUUGGCGUGAGCAGUAAUGCUUACUACAGAUUUAUGCACAAGCAUGGUACUAUCAAGGGAGAUGAGUGUGCUGCUUACCCUGCUGCUUAUGCUUUCUUCAAAGAAAGAGAGGAUGCUGGAAUCAAGAUUCCUACCAAGAAGAAGCAAAAGACCAAGGAUGAUGAUAAGAGCGGCAAAGCUCAGAAUGAUAAGCUUGAUCUGAGUGAUAUUCAUCUUGAUGGCGAGGACACAGACUCAGUCCCCGUGUAUGACACCUGCGACGACAUCCGCCGUCAAAUCGCAGCAUACCUCAAGAAGCCUGGUGUCACACAGGCGCAAUUCGGCCGUGAUCUGCUAGCACAGUAUCAUACCGAUAAAGGACCCAAGGGUAUCAGUGCUUCCCAGAUGCAGUCCUUCAGAGGCAAGAAGGGACCUGAUGCCGGCAAUACCAGCUCAGUGUUCUACUCAGCCUAUGUCUUCUUCGAGAAGAUGCGUAUCAAGCAGGGCAAACCAAAGAGCCAAAAGAGAAAGGAGAUGGAGGAGGUAUGGGGGCCCGAUGGCUUCGACAUC